AUGGAGUCUGCCGAGGAAAAGUCCCAUAUUAUAUCACAGGAAGACAACAGAACACCUAAUAAUCCGGUGGUUAGUGAUGAUUACCAACAGCUACAUGAAGAAGUAAUGGCUAAUUUCCAAAAGCCUAAUUUGCCUAACAUAAAUGUUCCCGAGAGAAUUAUUAUAUGUUUGGAUUUGUGUUAUGAUGCACAAAAUUCACUCUUUCGACUGGCAGAUGGAACUACUUACACACCAAUCAACAUGUUGAAAAGAGUUCUUGACUUCUUUAUACAUUCAAAGCAUGCCAUCAAUAAGAGGACAGAGUUUGCAUUAUUUGUUUUAAAUGAUUCAGAUGUUCAAUACAUUCAAAACUUUACCAACAAUGUCAAAGAUAUUAUUAAUGCUAUAGAUUAUGUUCAACCUGAAGAGUGCACACAGGAAACAUUUGAUUUUCAGAAAAUUUUUAAGAUUCUGAAGCAGGAUAUACAAAUACCUGAAUACAAACAGUCAGAAUGUAUUCUACCACCUCCUUAUGUAGUUCGUAUGAUUGUGUUGUAUAAUCGUUCCAACUGUAUACCUGUCAUUCAACAGGAUGAUCCAUAUUUUAAUUUCUUAAAGAAGCAUUUGUUCUUUUAUUUUGAUAUUUUAUAUGCACAUGAAGAUGACUGUGCUCUCUAUAAAUGCGAAGAAAUCUAUGAUGCACUGCAGGACCUUGACAAUGGAUAUUCUUUUGUGUUUGAAGUGUCAAAGAAUGCAACCAAGAUCCAUGAUUGCAUUGCAAAACUGUUAGCUCAUCCUCUACAGAGGCCUUUACAAAAAAAUACAGAUUAUACAUUUUGUACUAGACAGUCUUAUAUAUUGUAA